GAGCGCCGCGGAGGGGGCGCCCGGCAGCGUUCUCGCCGAGCCGCAGGCUGAGCCCAGGCUUUGCGGCGGCCCGCGGCAGCGCCGGUUCAUCGUGGUGCUAGGCCUGUCGGUGCAUCUGUUGGGCGCUGCCGCCGCGGCUGCGCGGAAGCCGAGGGGGCGCAGAGGCGCAAGAGGCCCGCAGGAUGAAGCUGGUGAGGAAGGACCUGGAGAAGGAUAACGCGGGGCAGGUGACGCUCAUCCCCGAGGAGCCUGAGGACAUGUGGCACACCUACAACCUGCUGCAGGUGGGUGACAGCUUGCGGGCCUCCACCAUCCGGAAGGUGCAGACCGAGUCGGCCACGGGCAGCGUGGGCAGCAACCGCAUCCGCACCACCCUCACCCUCUGCGUGGAGGCCAUCGACUUCGACUCGCAGGCCUGCCAGCUGCGAGUCAAGGGCACCAAUAUCCAGGAGAACGAGUAUGUCAAAAUGGGAGCCUACCACACCAUCGAGCUGGAGCCCAACCGGCAGUUCACGCUGGCGAAGAAGCAGUGGGACAGUGUGGUGCUGGAGCGCAUCGAGCAGGCCUGUGACCCGGCCUGGAGUGCCGAUGUGGCGGCCGUGGUGAUGCAGGAGGGCUUAGCUCAUGUCUGCCUGGUCACUCCGAGCAUGACGCUGACCCGUGCCAAGGUGGAGGUGAACAUCCCCCGCAAGCGGAGAGGGAACUGCAGUCAGCACGACCGGGCCCUGGAGAGGUUCUACGAGCAGGUGGUGCAAGCCAUCCAGCGGCACAUCAACUUUGAGGUGGUGAAGUGUGUGCUGGUGGCCAGCCCAGGCUUCGUCCGGGAGCAGUUUUGUGAUUACAUGUUCCAGCAGGCAGUCAAGACUGACAAUAAGCUGCUGCUUGAGAACAGAUCCAAGUUCCUACAGGUACACUCUUCCUCGGGACAUAAGUAUGCAUUGAAGGAAGCCCUCUGUGACCCAGCUGUAACCAGCCGCCUCUCUGACACUAAGGCAGCUGGCGAGGUCAAAGCCUUAGAUGACUUCUAUAAGAUGCUGCAGCACGAGCCUGACCGGGCUUUUUAUGGCCUCAAGCAUGUCGAGAAGGCCAACGAGGCCAUGGCCAUCGACACUUUGCUGAUCAGCGACGAGCUCUUCCGGCACCAGGACGUGGCGGCGCGCGCCCGAUACGUUAGGCUGGUAGAUAGCGUGCGGGAGAACAUGGGCACAGUGCGCAUUUUCUCCAGCCUUCACGUGUCUGGGGAGCAGCUGGGCAAGCUGACAGGGGUGGCAGCCAUCCUGCGCUUCCCUGUUGCUGAGCUCUCGGACCAGGAAGAUGAGUCUAGCUCUGAGGAGGAUUGACCACAGUGGUGUCACGUCACAGGUCACUUUCCAAGUUACGCUGAAAUGAAGUGCCCUCCCUUGCUAAGUACUGUCUGUGUGUGUGCCAAGACACAGAACUAUUUUAUAGUGUUCUGAGCUCUGCUCAGCACACUCAUGGGGAUAUCUGUUUUGCCAUAGUGACUAUUGGUAUACUGCAAGUUACGCUCUGGACCUCCAGGAGUACAGGAAACUUAGUUUGACUACCCAAGGCCGCACAUGAGGGCAGAGUGGCAGCUUAAUGCUUUGAAAUGUGUAUGGAAAGGUAAUACACUAAGAGGGAGAAAGUGAAUGUGGGACUGCCUGUUCAAAUACUUGAGAAGAGUUGCAAAAUAAAUGUAAACUUGUUCACACAAGGCCUAUCAAAA